UAGAUGAACCAGUCGAGUUCUAUCUUCGAGCUUUCUCCCGCAGUUACACGCUCGAUUUCUCCCAUUACGUUUCCGAACACAAGUGCGUCCAGGUGACACAGUUUCAGUGCGAAAGAUAAACUAAAAGACAUCCAACAUGUUAUACGUCACUCGAUGGAUUUUGGUGAUUGUGGCGGUGUGUUGGAGCACAGCGUCAGCGGAGGAACCGUCAGCAGCUGGUAGUGACCAACAGCCUGCGGGGAGGAAUCUUUUGGGCGGAUUCGGAAGCAUUUUAGGUGGCAGUGGUUUCGGCACGGGACUAGGAGGAUUCGGAGGGGCAUCCGCAUUUCCAUCUUACGGUGGAUUGAGUUCACCUUAUUCUUCCGGAUCGCUUUACGGCAGCCAAGCAGCGAUCGGUUACAACCAGCAGAGUCUUUACGGCCAACAGGCUGUCACUGGCUAUCCAGGCUUCGGACAGCAACAGUUCGGCGGUGCUGGACUGGGUGGAUUCGGUGCCUCCUAUCCAGGAGCUCUCGGCAGCGCCGGUUAUGGCCAGCAAGGAUUCGGUGGUGGAUCUCUUUACGGGGCUGGUGGAUAUCCUAGUUACGGAGUUGGAAGUUAUCCAGGUUUGGGUGGUGCAGGUUUCGGUUCUGUAGGAGGUUUUCCUGCGAGUCUUUACGGCCAGCAGAGUGGACUCUACGGCCAGUACGGCCAACAAAGCCCUUACGGACAAUACGGCCUCUACAAUCAACAGAGUCUGUACGGUCAGGGUGCUUUCAAUCCGUACGGCUACGGCAGCCAACAGCGGCCUUAUCGUUCAUCUUCGGAUUCGUCUUCCUAUGAAGGCGCAAAUUCUGCAGUCAAUGAACGACAAUAAUCACAUUUUUAACUGAUACUAAUUAAAUCAUGAAUAACAUGUUUUUUUGAACAUUUUUGUUAUCAUUACAAUUUGUGACUUAAAUUAAUUCUCACGCAAUAUAAACGCAAUUCAUUGAACUAAA